AUGCCGCCACCUGCACCAUUGUGCCGAUCCAAGCGGCUGCAGCGCACACGACGAUGGCUACCCACACUCCUCCUCGUAUCACUGCUGGCAGCUUCAACAACACCACUCACUUUUGCCAGCGACUCUUCAUUUGAUUUGCGAUCUUCAGACCUGCUCCCAUCCGAGUCGCUGCACGAGACACUCCUCCUGAAACCGCUUCCCGACGGUCGGGUGCUCUCGUCGUUCGAGUUCACCCUCACCUCCACCGCUUCAUCCACGUCCAACUUCCGCCUGCUCCCACGGACGCUGCUCCAGCCUAUCCAGCAUUUCGGCGUCUCGGAAGUGCGUCUUUCGCUCAACUCGGGGAGGUGGAAGUACGAUGACUGGGGGUCGCCUGUCACCUCACUCAAGCGCAGGUCAAGCUAUGCCGAGCAUGAACAGCGCGCGCUUUCGGCACACGGUGCACACGCAGACGGGGGCAGUGCCGCCGGCGCUGGCAGGCUCAAAGUGGGCGAAGAGAGUGUAGGAUCGGGUGCUGAACUGUGGGCGCGCUUCAACCAAGCGCAGGACGCAACGAGCGAGAGCUGGAAAGGUCUGACCAGCGCGUUGGCGGGUCUGUUCUGUACCAGUCUGGACGCACUGGACGAUAGACACACUGUUCAGCCAAAGUAUGCCUACUCCCCGUCUUUGCACGGUGGAGACGGAUCCUCGUCGAGAACGCUACACGCUCUGCUGCCGACCGAAGGCGUAUGCACUGAAAACUUGACGCCAUUCCUCAAGCUCUUGCCGUGCAAGAAUUCGGCGGGUCUAGCCACGCUUCUCAACCCGUUAUCCCUCUUUAGAUCCAACUUUCACGGUCUGGCGAUCCACGUUACGCGACUCCCGCCUCUUGCGACACAUGCCGAUCAGCGGGAAGAAGACGGAGGCUGGCAAUUGAAGCUGACUUUUACAUCUGUCUUUGCACCUGCUGUGACCCGGGAUGUCAGCGUUCGCGACUGGUCUAUCAGCUCGCUCUUUGAUCGUCCGCUGACAAGCAGAUGUCCGUUAGCCGACUCGAGUCUCGUCCGUAUCCUCAAACCGAACGACCCGGACGGAAGCGCAAAAUACCAAAUCGAACCGCUCCCGCCUUUUCCCACUUGCUCCAAGCCCGGCGACGAACGCCAGUGCCGCACCAUCAGCAGCCGCACUUCGAAGGCAUACGCGCACUUCCCGGCGCUCGAAGAACUCGACGAGGUGACGGACGAACUCGCAGCGUCCGGUUUGCUCGCCUUCGACACGCCACAAGAACAAAGCGACUACGACCAGCGGCUGCGCCAACGGUGGGCACAUUACCUCGAUUCAGUCGACGGGGAGUACCUGUACGAUGUGCAAGCUAUGCUCGCUUCCCCCAGCGCGGCAUCCGGUGAGGGGUUGGACGUGAGGAUGAGCUGGCCGCACGAGACGCGCUUUGCGUAUCCUGCUGCGGGUAAUUCGACGGUGGCGGGUACGAAAGGGCAGGUGCGCGUGGAACGCACGCUAAUCGGCUCGGGGCAGGAGAGGACGCUACUCCAGGUGGUAUUCACCAACGACGACGCACGGGUGCCGCAGAGAGUGCUGUGGUACGAAACGCUCGGCUACUUUGUACAGCCGUACCUGCACACGCUGUCGCAGGCGGUUGAGUUCUUGCCCUCAUCUUCGCCGGCGGACGAUGAGCUGCUUCGCAGCGUCAGCGACUACGCGAACCCGGUGGAGGAUGUGAGCUACCAGCCGACGGUGGGGGAGCGCGGGAGCGGGGCGGGACGGAAGCCGUUUGUGCUGGAAAGCGUGGUGCGGAUCCCGGCUGCGAGUCGGGUGACGUUGACGAUCGAGCUGAAGAAGGUGUUUGUUGCGUACAGUCGGCACCCACCGGACGCGCAUCGUGGGUUUGACCUCAAUCCGGCGCUCGUCUUCCCGCUGGCGCCCGUCGAUCCGCGCGCACAGCUCAAACACUCACAGUCACAAUCGCAGGGUCGCACGCAGUUCUCGGGCGCAGCUCUGGCCGGCUCCCACAGCGCACCCGUGUGGGAGAGGGUUCUUCGGAAGAUAGUAUCCACCCCGCCACCGGCAGCUGCUUUGCAGGAAAGCGCGCGAACCGGGCGAGUCGAGGUCAAGAUGAGUACGCAGCAGACCCGGAUCUACACGCUGCCGCGCUUGGUCGAGCUGGCAACACCGGACUUUUCAUUUGUCUACACAAACAUUAUCUUCACCGGCACGGUGAUCGCGCUGUUCUUCGGGAGCUCGUUGAACACUCUCCUUCGUACGUUUACGGAUUUUGUACUCUAG